UUCCGCUUUCCGGGUUUUGCUGCUCAGAUGGCUCCGCCCCCGCCCGGGCCUGGCCGCCGAGCCUCUGCCAGGCUUGGGGAUGGAGGGGCUCGGAGCUACUCGAGCGUCAAGGCCAAGGCAGAUCACCUCCAGGUCACGUCCGCAGAAAUGACUUUCCCGGCCAUCGAUCUAAAGGGGGAAAGAAAAGUCACAAGAUUUUCUAGAAGAUUAGAAAAUGACAGGGGACAAAGAAAGUGGGGGAUUAAUACUUUAAAAACAGGUUCCAGGUCUUUGCAGAUCCGCUGGUUCCUGAGUGAUUAUACACAGUGCUGGCUGUCAGGAGACAGUCUCCUUGUUUAUUAGUAAUGACCAGCUUAGAUGACAGAUGGCAUCUGCUGGAUGGCAAGUGGGAGAUGG